AUAGGUGCACGGAACAUACGACGACCACUUCGAGUCGGUCAAGAAAGCCCUGAAAACAAACCUGGAUAACGGGGAGGAGUUGGGCGCAGCAAUAUGUGUCAAUAUUGGCGGGAAGAACGUUCUCGAUAUCUGGGGAGGCUACGCUGAUAAAGAAAAGAAGUCACCAUGGGAACAAAGCACCAUUGUCAACGUUUGGUCAGUGACCAAGAAUGUUGCGGCAUUGGCAGCAUUGAUGCUUGUCGACAGGGGAGUCCUAGAUCUCGAUGCCAAGGUGGCUGAAUACUGGCCCGAAUUUGCUGUGAAAGGUAAGGAUAAAGUGACUGUUCGGCAUAUUCUGUCUCACAUGUCAGGAGUCUCUGGCUGGGACGCGCCUUUUGAGGAUAAAGAUAUGUAUGACCUAGAGGCGUCUACUGCGCGUCUGGCGGCUCAAGCACCUUGGUGGGAACCAGGAACAUCAUCAGGCUACCACGCAUCAAACUACGGCCAUUUGAUCGGAGAGCUUGUCCGUCGCACUACAGGCAAGUCAAUUCGGGAGUUUAUUGAUGAGGAAAUUGCGCGUCCGUUGGGAGCGGAUUUUCAAAUCGGUGCCCUUGAGUCGGACUCACAUCGCAUCGCAGAGCUCAUAGCUCCUCCCCCAGCUGAUAUAGCAGCCUUUUCAUCACUCGAUCCAAAUUUACCAGCCGUCAAGACACUGCUGACACCGCCUCCAAAUGCACUCAAAGCAAAUACGCUGGAAUGGCGUCUUGCGCAGAUUGCUGCCGUCAACGGACAUACUAAUGCGCGCGCACUGGCUCGCAUUUUUUCGGCUGUAGCCCUUGGCGGGGAGAUUGACGGGGUACGGUUACUUUCGCAACAGACUAUUGACCAAAUUUUCGACGUACAGUACGAAGGCGUGGAUCUGGUCCUUUUUUGUAUGUUACGUUGGGGAGUUGGUUAUGGCCUCCCGCAUGUCGAUAGCACCCCGUGGAUUCCUCAAGAGCAUGUAAUGUUCUGGCCGGGAUGGGGUGGGUCAAUUCUCUUGGUAGAUGUGAAGAAGCAAAUGACUAUUGCAUAUGUGAUGAACAAAAUGGGAAAUGGGGUGUUGGGAAGUGAACGAACUCGACAAUACGUUGAGACGAUCUAUGACGUUGUCAACCAACUCCAUACGGGGAGUUGAUGUGAUGGUGCGGUUCAAACAGGUCAACAAUUACAAGAUUGUACAAAUGAAACAUGGACAAGGAUAAUAUUGAAUGCUUCCAUGUCAGCUUGUAGCCCACUGUGAAAGAAGCCGUCUAUGUAAUUUCUAAAAUAUUCAUUUAGCAUGGAAUUUGUGCAUCAAACAGUUUUCUGCCGCGAACGCCAACAUGGCACUUGAAAACUCCUCCAUGCCAUUUCCCAGAUUCAGGAUACUUGUCAACCUCAGGAUCCUCCUCACUAGUAAUGUAAACAUCUUCAUCGGCAAAAGCAACAGCCUGAGUUGUAAUUAGACCGG